AUGUUGGGAGAACACCACCAACAACUGCGGGAGUGGGACGUCACCUGUUUCUUUGGCUGCCCUUCGUUUUUUGUGAAGUCUGUGUAUAUGAGGGGGUGCGAGUACCGUUUGGUUAUUUCUUUUCCAUGUGUGCGUUUGUGCGUGUGCGUAUGUUUUCCUUUACUUUUUACUGCUAGCGGAGUGCGAAGGGGCACAAUUAAGGGAAGGAAGGAAAGAAAUAAACGCGGAAGCGGAAUAAAAUUCAUGUCGCUGCCUUCCUUGUUAUCGUCUGCGGCAUCUUUAUCGCGGAUGCGGGUUGUACAACGGGGGUUUCUCACACGUCGCGGGGGACGUCAUUUGACACGGGCUGCUGUCGCCGUGGAGUACCGCCCAGCGCAGCAGAAGAGAAUUAGCGACGGCAGUUACGGACGUGUGAUUGACGCCGAGGUCUUGCACGGCGAUGAGCAGCAAUUCUGGGGCGAGCGGCGCAAUUACUACUGCAAACGUGCGCCGUACUUUCCCACAUGGGAUCGGCUUGCGCAGACGCUGAUUCUCAUGACACGGCAAGUACCGCGUGUGCCGCAGGAAAUGGCGUUUCGUCUUAUGGCAGUCUUUUUGAAGCUGAUGCUGCUGCCGCGACUCGUGAUGAACGCGGAGUUGAUGCUACCAUCAUGGGUCGCAACCAACGCGGAGGGUGUCAUCACGCAGGCUGUGGGGGACGAAGAGGACGCGAGAAAGAAAAAGAAGGAGAGUGAGGACACGGCGGGGGAAAAGAAAGAGGAGCCCACGAAGCGGUGA